GGAACUGACCCACUCAUUCACAUGCAAAAUGUUCAUCUGCUACAAAAAAUUAUUUCAAACACGUAAAUACAUAUAUCCAUCAUUCUCUUAAAUGAAGUAGCUUUAUUUUAAUUCCUAAUAGAUUUUUCUUAUACGUAGUCACAUUUCAUGAUAGCUGCAAAGUUAUCAGAUGACCUUUCUUUAUUUGUUUUGUUGGCAAAAAAUUAACUUAGGGUGAUGAAGCUGAUUAGGUAAGACAGAUUUAGGAGUGCGUAACCAUUUACCUAAGAAUUCUGAAGGUACUGAAAUAUACCUCUCCGAGAUUUGUCUGAUCUGUGAAAUCUGAAGUCAUGAAAAACUGCCAAAUUAAUCAGAAAUUACUUCCUGUAAAAUUUCAUUAUUUCGUUAUCAACGCAGGUAUGGCGGGGGUGAUGCCAUUUCUUGCUGUUUAUGCAAUGAACUUAGAAAUUCAAGCCGUUGUUGUAGGAUACGUGUUUGCCAUCUUAAGCUGUGUGACGUUUUUUUCUCGUCCUUUGAUUGGAAGCUGCGUGGAUUACUUUCAAAACCUCAAAAUCUGUGUUGCAAUCCUUUUAUUUUCUGCUAUGGUAACAACAAUGGGCUUAAAUGCAAUUCCACAACCAACUAAUGUCAAAAGCUUGAAUUCAGAUUUUCUUUGUUUUGAAAACAGAACUUACGCUAGCAAUUUAAGUCUGUGCGAGAAGUCAAGUUGUACAGAAAAUUGUUAUUUUCAGUGUUCAAACAACGAAGUCGUUUUAACUAAGUAUAAUGAAUUCACUAAUUUAUCGAACUGUUAUCUUCUUAAAGACUGUGCAAUUAGUACUUCUAAUUUAACUGCAGGGGAUUGUUCAGGCGUUUUAAAAUCGAAUACUUCUUUUUUAGAAAAUAAUUUGCAAAUAAUUAUGUGGAGCAUUUUUACAGCUUUACUAUAUAUUUCGUAUGGUUCCAUAACUUCGCUAUCCGAUGCAGCCUGUUUUUCUCUUUUGGAAUCAAAGCCCUUUUUAUAUGGAAAACAACGCUUAUGGGGUACUAUAGGUUGGGGAACAUUUGCCCUUCUGAGUGGGCUUUUAAAUCAAUUAUUCUCUUCAAAAAAUUCAAAAUAUAAUUUUUCUCCAGGAUUUUAUAUGCUAGUAGUUCUCUAUUUAAUUGAUGUAAUUGUCAUUAAACGGUUUGAUAUAAAAGAAAUAAAAGUGACGAAAAAUAUUUUCCAUGAUGUAUCUCGAUUAAUUAUUAAACCAAAAAUUUUUAUAUUUAUCGCUGAAGUUUAUUUUGUCGGCGUAUUCAUUGGCUUGUCCAGAUCAUAUAUAUUUUGGUAUUUGAGGCUAUUGAAUGCUGACCAGCUAUUAUUAGGGUGUAUUUCUUUAACUCAGUGCUUUUUAGGAGAAUUGCCGUUUUUCUUCUUUGCUGGUUGGUUCAUUUCCAAAGUUGGACAUUUAAAUACUUUUACUGUAUCAUUUGUAGCAAAUGCUGCAAGGUUUAUACUUUACUCCUUUAUAAAAAAUCCUUACUUGGGACUUCCAAUUGAACUUUUGCAAGGACCAGCAUUUGGAAGUUUUUAUUCUUCCAUGACAUCUUAUGCCAAAUCAAUAGCACCAGAAGGCACAGAAGCAACAGUCCAAGGAAUAGCAAGUGGAGCCUUUGAAGGAUUGGACAGAUUCAAGUAGAAAGUAAAAACUAAGAGGUUGUCGCUUGUUUAAGGAGAUUCCACAGUUUGAUCCAAGAUAUGAUUUCAUAUAUAAGUGAGGAAGAAAGAAAACCAGAAAAUAUAGAUAUUUAAGAACGUGCAGACUUCUUGUUGCGACGUCGUCGGUCCACAUUUACUGUCUUACUAAUAGAGGAAUGGAAGAGAGGAAAUUUGAGAACUUGUCAAAUUUUCAUUUUAUUUCAGUUUUCUGUAAUUUAUAAAUUCUAACAGGUUGUGAGCUUAAAAUAAAUUUAAGAAAAUUAAUAUCA